AUGCAGCUUCUGCGUGUAAGCUUCCAAGCAGCAUUGAUUGCUGCGGCUGGUAGCGUAGCUUCAGCUUCAUCAUUCAAAAAUGAUUACUACGAUUACAUCGUCGUCGGGGGCGGUCCGUCGGGUAUCAUCACUGCUGAAAGAUUUGUCGAAGCCGGCAAGAAGGUCCUCCUUCUUGAGCGUGGCCACGGACCGACAGUCACUACUGGUGCAAAUGAUACUCUUUCUUGGAGCAACGAGUUGACCCCAAUCGACUUGCCCGGCAUGUCUGCAAAUGUCGGGGCACUUCCAGAGUGGAAGAGGUAUAUGUGUACCGAUACCCCAGGCAUGGCGGCUUGCGUUCUUGGAGGUGGCACAACGGUCAACUACAUGGUGUUCAUCCACCCCUCUGACCACGACUUCGACCACAACAGCAACUGGCCCACCGGCUGGAAGUGGAAAGAUGUCAAGCCUGCCGCAGAGCGACUGUACCAACGCAAUGCUGGCACAACCCAGCCUUCCGCCGACGGCAAGCGAUAUGACCAAGGUGCCUAUAAGGUUCUUUCGAACUUCUUCAACAGACUCGGCUGGAAAUCGGUUGACUCAAUUGAAGAGCCUGACAAGAAACACAAGGUGUAUACCUACCCUGCGUGGAAUAUCGAGGAUCAUGUCCGUGCUGGGCCUGUCCGAACAUACCUGCCCCUUGUCCAGAAGAACGAGUCUUUCGAUCUGCACAUGGGCGUCAAAGUUCUUCGAGUUGUUCGUGAAGGUUCCAAGGUUACUGGCGUCGAGGUACAAACUGGUUCCAACGAGACCGAGAUCGUCACUGUCGGCCACAAUGGUCGCGUUGUCCUCUCAGCCGGCGCCUUGUCCACUCCCCGUCUCCUUUUCAACUCAGGUAUCGGCCCUGCUAAGCAAAUCGAGAUGGCACAGAGCAGCGGCAUCUCCGUGCCCGCUAAGCAGGACUGGAUUCAAUUGCCCGUUGGUGUUGGUCUCAUGGAUCACCCCAUCUUCACCAUGUUGAUCCAAACCAAUGCUACCUUCGGUGUCCCAGACUACGACAGCAUCCUCAAUGGCAGCGAUACCGCCGAUAUCGAACUCUACAAACAAGGCAGUGGCCUUCUGACUCAAGGCAAGCACCGCAUGAUCUUCUUCAGCUCGAACACAUUCAGCAACCACACUCGCUACUACCAGGGCUCUUGUGCCCCCACCAAGAACGGCGUCGUCGAAAUCAAGGUCUACAUGACCCACGGCCUCACCUCACACGGCGUUCUGGGUCUCGACUCCAAGCAAAACACUGUCAUCGAAAAGUCACCCUAUAUGCAAACUUCUGAUGACCGCGUAGCCGCUCGUGCGUUCGUUCAGGGAUUGGUCAAGGAUAUUCAGGCUCCUGGAUCUGGUCUCACUCUGGUGAAGAACACGAACAUCACUGCUAUCCUCAAAGAUCUUCAGCCUGGUACUCACUACGCGAGCACUGCCAAGAUGGGCGUCGAUGACGGACGUAAGAAUGGUACAUCCGUGGUAGAUACCAACACCAAGGUCUACGGCACUGAUAAUUUGUUCAUCGUGGACGGCAGUAUUCACCCAGACUUGUCCACUGGUAACAUCCAAGCUACCAUCAUGGUUGUUGCGGAGGCUGCUGCGGCCAAGAUCCUGGCAUACAACUGA